AUGCCGGCUGUUACGCUCAUCGAGACCGUGCCCACCUUCGUGAGCGAAGAGGAAUACAAAAGUCUGAUUCAAUCGACACCAAGCUCGUUUAAUGAUCUCCCGCCGGUCGUGAAAUGGAAGGGAGAUAACGUUUCCGUGGUCUUGGAGCCUCCAGUCGAAGGAUUCACCGAGCAAGACGCGGCGAGUGGAACUCUGUUGGUUCUGACAAGUGUCCUUGUCUUUGUGUCUUCUACGGGAAAGGCUUUCCAAGUCGAAUACCCUUCCAUCACACUCCACGCAGUUUCCAAGAGCGGUUCAAAACCGUCAAUCUACUGUCAACUUGAUGAAGAAAAUCUUGUAGUGGCUACUGAACCGUCGACAAAUGGAGCUGGCGCCAACGGCGACGAAGAGGCUGCCGAAGAGCAGGAAUACACUGAUGUUCGUGAACUGAGCAUCAUUCCCUCUUCAUCGGAUUCCCUCGAUCCCAUCUUCGAAGCCUUGUCAGAUUGUGCAUCAUUACACCCUGACAAGAUGGAUGAGGACGAUGAUAUGGAUGACUCGGCAUUCAUCGCCAGCGAUUCCACCUUCGAAGUGUUUACGGGAGACGGAGACCAGGAAUUGAGCGAAGUAGGCAAGGCUGCCCUUGCCCACCUCGAAUCAAUCAUCGACGAUCCGUUCGAUAAAAAAUCAGAAUCUUCAGAGGGGAAGGAGGAAGAGAAGUCCAAGUAA